GGAGUGUUGCAGCAGACGCAGGAUCGUUUCCAGCAAAUGUCUGACCAGAUUAUCGGUCGCAUUGAUGAUAUGACAAAGCGCAUUGAUGAACUGGAAAAGAACAUAACUGAUCUGAUGACCCAGGCUGGUAUUGAGCCUGAGAUGUAA